UUGUCAGUAGUCUGCUUCGGCAGCGACUUGGUAACAAUUUCGCCGCACAAGAAGAAGGAAAAUCACAAUUCUAAUCAGAACAAUCCAGGGAAAUUCGCCAAGCAGCCCUGGAGCCAGCAGUGUAUUGUAAUUAUAAGCUGCGACAGUGGAUGGACUGGUAUACCUGAUGUCCGUUAUGAUGAGGCAGGAUCUUCAGGAGAGGGUGGAGGUGGGGGUGAUGAUGAUGAGGAUGACAUAUCCUUUCUUGGGCUAUUUUGGGAUUCAGAAAUAGCUUUGGAGAAAGAUGAAGCAGUUUCAUCGAAGUCGGUACUGUACAACUUCCACCUUAAAAGCGGUGAACAUGACGUAGCAGAAUGGAUGGCUGUAUUGCAAAAUGAAAAGCUCUACGUAGAGGUGCCACAAGGAGACAUUCCCCCUGGAGCCAAAGAAUGCCUUAUUUCACUACUUGAGUAUGCAGAGGAGCACUUGGAUUGCACCCAUGUAUUUGUUGGUCUACUAAAGGAUAGAAAAGACAGAGCAAGCCUGAUGCGCACCUUCAUGUUCAUGGGUUUUGAGACAGUGAAACCAGGUCAUGAGUUGUGCCCAGACAAUUCACAUUUCAUCUUUAUGGCGUACACUAUUGAUUAAAAGCUGUCAUUGUCUGAAAUGUAGAAGUUGAAGGUUUUUACAGUAUGUGCUGUAUAUAUAUCUUGCACAGAAUACUGGAACAGUACAUUAAUGUAAAAUUAGUGUUUCCAUUUCUUUUCUUUUUUUCUUUUUUUUCAUUUUCAUUAAGAAGUGUUCUGGUUAAUACAAUAUAUUACUGUAGGUUUUUUUCUUUACUGCAGUCAUGAUCUGUGACUGUAUGAAUGACAGAAACUCUCAAGUGCUUGAAAACUAAGAUUUUAGUUUCAAAUAUUUGCUUGAGUUUAAACCCUUCUGUGGUGGUAUUCCUCUGAUUUCUGUCCUUACUACUUUCAGAAGCCUUCAAAUUUUUCAAAACUCUAGGCUAUUGUUUCUUACUGCCACAAUUUACAGUCGAUAUAAGUGAAUGUGGAAAUUAUUAUAAAAUUUUGUCAUCAUCAGUAGUGCUUCCAUGUUAAUUAGAGAUGUUCAGGAGGUUGAAACAAACUUCCAUUUUGCAGCUCAUUCUGCUGCUUGUAUGAACUUGUACUUUUCAGUAUUAAUAUUAUUAUAUUACAGCAUAAGUUAACCAUGGUCAGUAAUGUAGAUCGUGUACUUAUGCACAGACAGUUUUCUGUAGUAACCAUAAAGCUGCUUGCUGAUCAAUGUGAUGUAUGUUUUGUCAUUUUGCCUUGUUUAAGUUACAAUGAGAUUCAACUUGCUACAUGAACUACCAGUAUAUUUUGUCUUCAGUUUUGUAGCAGGUGAAUGCAAUUAAAAGUUGCAUGUAGACAGCUUAACUUAGUAAAAUGUACAAUGUAUGAGCUUAUUAAAGGAUAAAGACUGGUCAACAUGCAUGUUGUGUUAUGUUUUCCUUUUAGGCUUUGUUGUGAGUCAUACCUGUACUACUGAGUCUGUAUUGAACACAGGUGUCCCUUCUUAGUCGAAGUAAGGUGCUCUCAGAGUUUUUUGCCUGUUGAAUUCACAAAGUCAGACACACGGGCUGUGCUGUUUGCUGCCUACCAAUCCGCUUAACCAUGCACUUCUUGUUUUCCACUCUUCAUCAUCAAAGCACCUCAGCACUUUGGAAUGAUCAACUCAGUGUUUGGUUAUCACAGUUGACACAUUCACCCACUAAUCAGUAGAAUCCAAAUUAUUGCUAGUGAAAAUGGAUGAGUGGGGACUUACAACUGUAGGAGGGUGGGCAAAAGCAAACCUGUAGACUUGUAAAGUUUCCUUGCUUGCUAUCAGCUACAUGUAGGCAUGAUUACGAACUACUACUAAGGACAGAGGCCUGCACAGCUAACUCAAACUUUUCUUGGGGAGAAACGUAGACCAGACUUGAGAGCCACAGAAAUCAACCCUAGGUAUCGGCAACAUUUCUGUUGAUGACUUGCCAUUGCUAGCUACAUUUGUACCAUAGCCAGUCUUGUUUUGUGCGGAAAUGCUUUGUUUCGGGGGCAGUUAUUUUGUUUCACUGAGGACUGGCUUUGGAAAAACACACUGGUCCUUGCAUUGUGAAGAUAAACUACUUUGAGCCCAUGCAGAGUAUUCAAGUUUUCAUCAUCAGCUUUGUACAUCUGCAUCAUAAACCUAUUGAGAGACUGCUUAAAACAAAAGGAAUACUUGGAAAAUCUCCAAUCCGCAGACCGUUCAUGGCACACAGUUAUAAUCUUAGGAAGAAUUGGAGUAAUAUAACAGAAAAUACAAUAAAAAUGGCCAUGAUUGAUGUUGAUUCCAUUGAUUUAUUAAUUGAUCUUACAAUGUCAUUGUUAUAAUGUUCAAAUUUACCUGCAUAACAAAACUGGUAUAUCCACAUGCCUCUGCUGUUACACUGUUGCAUUUUAAACAUCAAGUCAGCAUCAUUACUGAGAGCAUUUUUAGACGUGACUAUCAUACAAAAAUACAAACAACAUAACUCUUUGCAUCAACAAAGGAUAUGUGUAGUUUGCCACACUGCUAAAUACAAUUAAAUAAUAACGUGCGACACUAAAAUUUAUUGCAAAACUUGCUUGUCAACAUGUGCUCAUUCACUGACCUAAGAAGGCCUUGCUACCAAAAUUUAAAAACAAACAUUGGAAGUGCUGAAUGAAUUGAGCCUGUUCCAUUCUUCUUGGCAUCUAAAGGUUGGCACACAAGGGGACUGGUCCCUGCGACCAGUCCCUGCAACUAGUCCCCUGAAGAGUUUACACGAAGGGACUGGUCCCAGGGACUUGUCCCACGAACAGUUCACACGGAGCAUUUAGAGGAACAAGUCGCAUGGACUUGUCCCAAAAAUUCAAACCAGUUUGAAUUCGUGGGACUGGUCAUAGGGACCAAAUUUUAGUCCCUGUGACUAGUUUUGUGGCAAAAAUGGCCAGUUCACAUCAUGGGACUUGUCCCUGCGACUUGUUACAGGGACUAGUCGUAGGGACCAGUCCCCUUGUGUGUGCUGACAUUAAAAAAACAUACAAUGCAUAAUUUGUAGGUACCUGAAAAGUCUGGGAACCAGUUUCUCAACCCUUUGUAAGAGACACUACAGCAAUCUGUGUAAUAAUUUGCAAGCAAACAACUCAUCAUAGCCACGACAAAGAUAUCUAUGUGUAUGCAUAGUGCACAUGCUCAAUAACACUUGGCUCUGG